GACGCUGAUCAUUUUCAUGCCAUUUGAGUACAUAUCGUUAUUGGGAAUUUCCCUCGCAACUACACUUGAUUUAUUGUCGUCGUUGAGUGUAUAGCGUAGCUGUCCACCGAAAGAAUGAUAUAUCUGUGUUCCUACUCGACGCGCUUUUCUUAACUAUGAAUGCCUUUAAGGAGGCUGUGCACCGCUUUGUUUCGCACAACGGCGACGGGUCUCCUCAACGACAACUUUCCUCAUAACUGUCAAUAAUCAGCAUCCUUUUGGUCUCUAAUCAGUAGUACCCUUCUGCUCAAUCUUUAUGCUUUUACUGUCUUCUUUAUUUUGGUCCUGAAUAUCUUUAAACGCUUUCGUGAAAACGCAACACUCUUGCAACAACACGAUGUCUGGCAACGCGCACAGGAAUGUAGCUCGACAUCCUGCCGUUACACCAGCACCUACGAGGAGAACGUGGAAAAAUGACAUAGCUCGGAGGCAGGGAAUAAGCAUUCCUGAAGUAACACCUCCGACUUCGGCUUCAAGUGACAUUGGUACUAGUCAACCUCCAAGUUCUGACCUACCAUCAUCGGAUCCCAGUAGUCUUGACCCAUCUUCGUCUCCGAGCUCGCUUCCUCCGAGUAGCGAGCCACCUUCCUCCUCACCAUUUAGUUCUCCUACGUCCCAGGAGAGCUCUACUCCGCCAUCGUCAGUUCCACCGUCGUCGGAACCGCCUUCUUCGUCACCGUCAUCAAUUCCUACAAGCACCUCUUCGUCGACGCCGGACUCAAGCUCAUCAACUGAGCAGCCUCCCUCUUCACAAAGUAGCUCGUCCUCGGCUGUUAUACCUGGUAGCACGAGUUCGUCUGCACCACCAUCGACGACCCCUCCCCCGACUUCAUCUUCCAGCUCUUCUUCAUCCUUUAGUGCGGAGACUACGAUUACUACGACAUUUGUGACGACCAUUGAUGGCAUCGAGCAGACGGUCACUUCUGCGAUUCCUACGACCAUUAACCGUGCGCCGAGUACCGCUAACCCUCAAAAGCGAGCCGUAAUCGCAGGAAGUGUGAUUGGCGGUAUUGCCCUGGUUGCUAUCAUAGUGUCUUUAGUCCUCUUCUGCAAGCGCAAGAACUACCGCAAACUUCGUGUCUUCGGUCAUCACCCACGAUCUCGCUCAAUGCUACUUGCCGGAGAGGACUUUGACGACAGCGAUCCACCUAUGAUGCAGUACCGCGAUUACCCAACGCUGACGCCGUCUCAGAGAACAUCUGCCAGUCGACAUAGGAAUACUACCACCCAACACAGUAUACCCCUCUCUGCCAGUAAUACCAGCAAUACCUCUCCAUUGCUCAUGGGUAUGCGGGCUUCAGAAAGCGGAUCUAUAUUCCAUGAAGACGUAUGGCCGCCUCCGGGUGAACAAAGUCGAUUUGUGGACCCGAUCCUAGCUACUUCAAGCCAAGUUAACCUUGGUCGCAUCGUGGAUGACGUGAUGGGUGCAAAUGCAAAUGCAAACGCUCCACCCUCCUCUUACGCCAAUCCCAGACCUCCUUCGUAUCAUUUCCGUAGUGGGUCCAACGGUUCUGAUCCAUUCCGCACACCACCACUUAGGCAUUCGCCUCAGCCAUCUGACAGUAGUAACGGGUUGCUCCGUGGCAAUGCGGGUGAUGUUGAUGGCCUUCGAUCACCGCUGGCUGUAGAUGUCACACCUCAUAACCUGUUCGUAACGAACCCUCGUUCACCAUCACCCACGCAGUCUAUUGGGACGCCUGGUACCCCCGGAGGAAGGAAGAACUGGUUGGAGAGAGCGCCGCAUCCGAGGAACUCAAUAAUAAUUGGGAACGAGAGUAAUGUCUCGAUGGGCGAGGCGAUAUAAUUGCGGGGUUUGUGGUCAUAUUCACGACUUUUUAUGAUUUUUUUGUCUUUUCGGAUCUUCAUAUCUCAUCGACAUCGCGGACGCUUUAGACACUCAUUCAUACCAAACGGACUGAUUUCACAUUUUUAAUUUCGGAUGUGCAUACCUUUGGAAUUGCUUAAUCUUUGUUAAUUUGGAAUACUGGAUGCAUGGGUAAUAUCUCAUCGACUUUCGUAGUUUCACCAGGAAAUACUUCGGUGGAAGCACGACUGUUGGAUCUGACAACUGUGUUGCCAGACCAG